AAGGGAGAGAGGUUGCUCUGAACUCCUCUACAAACACAGUUCAAUGACCAGGAGCUUUGGGCUAAAGCAACCGCGCUUUCCUGCCGUGGCGCACAGAGUGCCGCCUGCCUAGGAGUUUUCCUGAAGCAGCCUCUACACCUGGCGCACUUUUGGUAGAAAGGGAGCAGGACAAGACCCUGAAAUGACUUAUCUCCUAAGAUUCGACUGAAGGGGACUUCCUGGAGUGGGAUCCUAGUGGAAUUUGGGUUUGGAGAGGAGUUGCUAAACCUUUUUUCCUCUUCCCCCUUUUCUCUCCCGUCAUUGGAAAUGAGCAAAUUGCAUUUGCAUUCCAGAAAGUAGCAAUAUUAAACAUCCCAUCCCCCAAAGAAGCACACAUGUAGUAAUGACAAAGGAUUGCAAAGGAGAGAGUGGAUCCAGUUUCCCAGAGAGAUCCCCUUAAAUGGAUUACUAAAUGGGACACUACAUCAGCUAGUUCUGUCCUCUAGCUGCCUAGAUACAUGCACCGAAAAGGGUGAAGUGAAGAAGUAAAGUCUCCCCGCUGAACUACUAUGAGGUCAGAAGCCUUGCUGCUAUAUUUCACACUGCUACACUUUGCUGGGGCUGGUUUCCCAGAAGAUUCUGAGCCAAUCAGUAUUUCGCAUGGCAACUAUACAAAACAGUAUCCGGUGUUUGUGGGGCACAAGCCAGGACGGAACGCCACACAAAGGCACAGGCUGGACAUCCAGCUGAUCAUGAUAAUGAACAGAACCCUCUACAUUGCUGCUAGGGACCAUAUUUAUACUGUUGAUAUGGACACAUCACAUACAGAAGAAAUUUAUUUUAGCAAAAAACUGACAUGGAAAUCUAGACAGGCUGAUGUAGACACAUGCAGAAUGAAGGGAAAACAUAAGGAUGAGUGUCAUAAUUUUAUUAAAGUCCUCCUGAAAAGAAAUGAUGAUACCUUGUUUAUCUGUGGAACAAAUGCCUUCAACCCUUCUUGCAGGAACUAUAAGAUGGAGACACUGGAGUUCCUAGGAGAUGAGUUCAGUGGAAUGGCCAGGUGCCCCUAUGAUGCAAAACAUGCCAAUGUUGCACUGUUCGCAGAGGGAAAGCUGUAUUCUGCCACAGUGACUGACUUCCUUGCAAUAGAUGCAGUCAUUUACCGGAGCCUUGGAGACAGCCCAACCCUGCGGACAGUCAAACAUGACUCAAAAUGGUUAAAAGAGCCAUACUUUGUCCAAGCGGUAGAUUAUGGCGACUACAUCUACUUCUUCUUUCGGGAAAUAGCAGUGGAGUACAACAGUAUGGGAAAGGUAGUUUUCCCAAGAGUGGCUCAGGUUUGCAAGAAUGACAUGGGAGGAUCUCAGAGAGUUCUGGAAAAACAGUGGACUUCCUUUCUUAAGGCUCGCCUGAACUGCUCAGUUCCUGGCGAUUCACACUUCUAUUUUAACAUACUGCAGGCUGUUACGGAUGUUAUCCAUAUCAAUGGCCAUGAUAUUGUCUUGGCAACCUUCUCCACCCCUUAUAACAGCAUCCCUGGCUCUGCAGUCUGUGCCUAUGACAUGCUUGACAUUGCCAAUGUAUUUACUGGGCGAUUCAAAGAACAAAAGUCUCCAGAUUCUACGUGGACACCAGUUCCUGAUGAGCGAGUGCCCAAACCCAGGCCAGGUUGCUGUGCUGGCUCUGUAUCAUUAGAAAAGUACAUAACCUCCAAUGAGUUCCCAGAUGAUACUCUAAAUUUCAUCAAAACGCAUCCUCUCAUGGACGAGGCUGUUCCUUCAAUUGUCAGCAGGCCCUGGUUCCUGAGGACGAUGGUCAGAUACCGUCUGACCAAAAUUGCAGUAGACACUGCUGCUGGGCCACAUCAGAAUCACACGGUGGUUUUCCUGGGAUCAGAGAAGGGAAUCAUAUUGAAGUUCUUGGCCCGGACAGGAAACAGCGGUUUCCUAAAUGAUAGCCUUUUCCUGGAGGAGAUGAAUGUUUACAAUCCCGAAAAGUGCAGCUAUGAUGGGGUAGAAGACAAGAGGAUUAUGGGAAUGCAGCUUGACAAACAUAGCAGUUCUCUCUAUGUAGCAUUCUCUACCUGUGUGAUAAAGAUUCCCCUGGGACGAUGUGAGCGUCAUGGCAAGUGCAAAAAGGCCUGCAUAGCCUCCAGAGACCCAUACUGUGGCUGGGUGAAGGAAGGUGGGGUAUGCACACAGCUGUUACCUGGUGUAAAGUUGGCAUUUGAGCAGGACGUAGAGCAUGGCGAUACAGAUGGCCUGGGUGACUGCCAAAAUUCCUUUGUAGCACUGAAUGGCCACUCCAGUUCACUAGUUCCAAGCACCACCACUUCUGACUCUCCAGCUCAAGAGGGUUAUGAUACUAGGGGACGUAUGCUGGAUUGGAAGGAUCCGGUUGGCUCAUCUGAAAACACAGAUCCAUAUGCGGCAGUCUCAUCCCAUAAUCACCAAGACAAGAAGGGAGUGAUUCGUGAGAGCUAUCUCAAAGGCCAUGAUCAGCUGGUGCCGGUCACCCUCCUGGCCAUUGCAGUCAUUCUUGCUUUUGUCAUGGGGGCCGUCUUCUCGGGAAUCAUCGUUUACUGCAUCUGUGACCAUCGCCGCAGAGACGUGGCCGUUGUCCAGAGGAAGGAGAAGGAGCUGGCCCACUCCCGCCGCGGCUCCAUGAGUAGUGUUACCAAGCUCAGCGGUCUCUUUGGAGACACACAGUCCAAGGAGCCAAAACCAGAAGCUAUCCUCACACCUUUGAUGCACAAUGGCAAACUCACUACCCCGGGCAGCACUGCCAAAAUGUUAAUCAAAGCUGACCAGCACCAUCUGGACUUGGCUGCUCUGCCAACCCCUGAGUCCACCCCAACCCUGCAACAGAAGAGGAAGCCUAGCCGUGGCAGCAGGGAAUGGGAAAGAAACCAGAACCUUAUCAACGCCUGCACAAAAGAUAUCCCCGCAAUGUCAUCGCCUGUGAUUCCAACUGACCUGCCUCUCAGGGCUUCUCCCGGCCACAUCCCAAGUGUUGUAGUCUUGCCAAUCUCUCAGCAAGGCUAUCAGCAUGAGUAUGUUGAUCAGCCAAAAAUGAGCGACAUGGCACAGAUGGCCAUGGAGGACCAGAAUGCCACGCUCGAGUACAAAACCAUAAAGGAGCAUCUCAGCAGCAAAAGUCCCAACCAUGGGGUUAAUCUGGUGGAAAAUCUGGAUAGCAUGCCACCAAAAGUACCCCAGCGGGAAGCCUCGUUGGGUCCUCCUGGCUCCUCUCUGGCUCAGAGUGGUCUGGGCAAGCGAUUAGAAAUGCAUUCCUCUGCUUAUAAUGUGGACUACAAGAGAAACUACCCUACGAACUCACUCACGAGAAAUCAUCAGACAUCAACUCUCAAAAGAAACAAUACUAACUCCUCUAAUUCCUCCCACCUCUCUCGAAAUCAGAGCUUCGGCAGGGGAGACAACCCUCCCCCUGCCCCCCAGAGAGUGGACUCCAUACAAGUCCAUGCUGCUCAGGCACAGGCUGUGACUGUCUCUAGGCAGCCUAGUCUCACCGCAUACAACUCGCUGACAAGGCCCGGGUUGAAACGUACACCUUCGCUAAAACCAGAUGUACCCCCCAAACCUUCCUUUACUCCACUUUCAACAUCCAUGAAGCCCAAUGAUGCGUGUACAUAAUCACAGUGGGGUGGGGGGACAGCAAUGAAACAGAGUUUGCCCUUUAAAGCCAGUGUUCUGCAACUGCAUCACUAGUUCCAAUUGACAAGAAGGCUGUUGUUAAGCUGAGGAUGUGUUGAUCCUGCUCUCUGGGAAAAGUGGAAUAUUUUUUAAACCGAGCCAUCUGAUCUGUGGUGAAGGUUUCAAACUGCAGGACUCACCCCCACUACCUGACAGUUCUUUACUCAAAACACUAACUUAACAUCACAAACAUUGAGCCAAAAGCACACAGGUGAAUGAUGACUGUGACAUUUCACCCCCAAUUGCACAGUGCAUUCCUGAACUGGGAAAGAGUGCUCUGAAAAGCAAAGCAAAUAAAAGAACUUAAAAAAAUAAAAUAAAUACAAAAUAAAAAAUUCAUUGAUAAAGCUAACUCUGACUUAACAAUGGCAGAAGUUUACUAUGUGCAGGUACUGUGAAAUGCCCAUCAGUGUUACAGCCGUUUGGUUAUAGCAGAUAAAUGCCACGUUGGGCAAAACUAUGUCAUAGAUUUCUGCUACUCUUCUUUUAAUGAAUAACAUGUGACUGUUAACGCAAAUAACUCCUAUUAUUUAUUGUUCGUCUUUUGUUUUUCCUAAGGAAAUGACUUCUGCAUAUCAUCCUAUGAGCAGCUCUUCAGAAAAAAUACAUUGAAAAUUAUACCUAUUUAACGUGAAACCCAUUAACUGGAGUAAUUAAAACUCUUUUAUUUUUCCAAUAAAUUCACUGAGUUAAAUAAGUUGGAGCUGGAAUUCUGAACUUUGUGUUUGGACUGUUUGAUCUCUAGCUGAAAAAAGGGGAAUAUUUAUUUAAAUCUGUUAGUUAAUUUGCUUGCUGGGCCUCUGAUCUAUGACAGGCAACAAACAAACAAACAAAAUCCCCCAAAUUUAUAACUCCUAAAGCAACUGCAAAAGAAACUCUUUAAAAACUGCACAUUUGUGCACCAUUGCUGUCAACAUGGCUUUGUCAGUCAUUAAUACUUUCUGUGAAGGCACCAGCUUGUGAUGUGCCAUCUCAUUUCACCUUGCAUGUGAGACGGCAAACAAAAUCCACAAACAGUGUGAACUAAUUAAUAUGCCGGCUGUUACCAUGCAUAAAUUAUGGUCUUAUCACACGGGUUUUUCUUGGGAAUACAUCUGUGAAUAGCCUGUUUUCUUCCACAUGUAAAUUUGUGCCUUACACCCUCAGUUGUGUAUAUUUGUGAGCUGUAGUAUGUAAAACCUUCCCCUCCCCGCCCUUUGAAUAAAUGCAAAUAUUUAUUUACCUUCCCUCUCCUAAGCCCCCUGGAGAAUUGGAGUAAAGAAGUUCAAAGAAGAAUGUAGUGGUUAUUGUAAUAACACCAUAUCCAUCAAGAAAUUAGAGUAGUACUAUACCCUCCAAUUCAGUUUGACUUUCUAGUUGUGCCAAUUCUGCCCUCAAACCACCCCUAGGCUAUGCUGGCAGCAUAGACACCGUAUUGUGGUUGGCAAUUUCCUCGCCCUUAUACUUUCAUAUCAUUUCAGUAUGGUGAUAUUCUCAUUAGCCAGCAGAGAAAUGAGUAAUGUACGGUCUCCAAGUCUGGUUUGUCCACUAGAUAGAGACAAGCACUGUGUGUGACUGGCCAGCCACUGGAAGCAAGCCUCAAUGACACAUGGUGCCGUGUGCAUGCACAGUAUACAAAAUGAAGUGAAAUGGAAGUAGGAUGAGGCAGGCUGGUUCCUGCUGUAACUGAAUAAGGCCAUCCAGAACAAUGCUGCAAAAAACCUUUUGGGGGAAUUAAUUUUGAUUUUCAUUUUUUCCUUUCAUGUGACUUUGCAUGUGGCCUGAGUGUGCACGUGCCCACGUAUAAGGUCUUUUACAAUUUUUCAGUUAUUCAUGCACAAAGGUAGAUUUGUUUUUAAUCUGUUAUAAUAACUGUGUCAACAUACUAUAGAAAAUAAGGGAGGGCCAUUUUUGUUUUUUACUGGGCAGUAUAUUUGGGGAGGGGAGGUUGUUUUGAUUGUUUUUUAAAUUUUAUACCUAAUUUGUUUUGCAGGGUUUUGGUUUUGUUUCCGAACAAUCAAAAAGAAAGAGUUCAAGUCAGCUAGCGUGUAGAUGGUAUUUAGAAAGUCUGGAUGAUCUAGACCAAAGUGUGUAACAAGGGUGCUUGCAUGUUCUUUCAUUCCAUCAUUGCUUCUUUUAUGAAACUGACUUGUUCACCAUUAGUGAACUAUGCAGACUGCUGUAGAUAGAUUGUAUCCAAAGCAAUGCUUUUUUUAAUUAAACCCUUCAGAACAGUAUGUAGCAGGAAAGUCUUUUUUUCUUUCAAAAAACAAAAAAGUAGCAGCAGCAGCAACUUGCAACCUUUCCCCCCCCAAACUCCAAUCCCUCGAGUACCAAAUGUGCAGUGCCCAUUGCUAUUAUUAAGCAAAGCAUUCUGACAUCAUGUAGAAAUGAAUAAUCACUGCAACAGCCUCGUACAGAGAUAUGCCUUUGUAAUAUUCAUCACAUCAGUUACUGGGUUGACCUUGAAAUGCUCAUUUUGUACUCAGUGGGUCUUUUGUUUUAAUCCUCCCUCACCCCAAUCUCCCUGCACCCCUCACUUGGAGGGGUACAUAAACCUAAGUGUGCCUUUGCUUUCCACCCUUGAUAUACACUGGUAGAUGCAACAAAUUCAGACUCUCAUUUGUUGUAAAGUUGUAAAAUAUUGUGAUAUCACUGACUUUCCUUCAUCUCCACAUGCCCCUAACAUCUGAUUCACAACUUAAUGUACGUUGUAAAAAAAAAAAAAAAAAA